AUGCCAUCCUAUCUAGCUCCGAAAAGGUUGGCGGAGCUCGCAGAGGAACUGGCUGUAAACUCUUUCAAGAAUUUCUUCACCCAGCAUAAUCUUAUGGAUUUGGGCUUCAAAGGCCCUCAAUUUACCUGGAUGCGAGGUGGGGUCUUUGAACAACCGGAUAAAAUGGUGGCAAAUGAUUGCUGGAACAUGAUCGCCCCGGUUGUGACUGUUUAUCACCUUCCCCGCAUUAAAUCUGAUCAUAGACAUAUGUUACUUCGUUCCUCUGGUAAUCCGACCCACGUCCUUUCGAGACGUUUUCGUUUUUUUGCAGGUUGGACAAAGCAACCUCAGUUUAAUUAUUUUGUCCAAGAUAACUGGAAUUUCAAGGGUAACAUACAACAAGCUAUCAACAACUUUACUGAAUCUCUUAAAAUCUGGAACAAAAACGUCGUUGGUCACAUUAUCCAAGACAAGAAGAACCUCAAGAACAAAAUUUCGGCUAUCCAAGCGACCAUGGAUAAAUAUGGAAGUGACCAUUUACAAGCUGUGCAGAUGGAUCUUUGA